AUGAGCAUUAGCUCAAAUACCAGGGAUAAGAAAAGUAAGGACAAUUCAGUUCUGAAGUCAAACAUUAUUGGCAAAGUUAAAUUUAACCCAACAAUGAAAAAGGCAAAACCAGACAAGAAAAGCAAUAACAAGAGAAAUAAUACGCCAAUGGAAGAAACAAAUGCUGAAGCAUCGGGAAGUAAGAUAAACUCACAAAUAGUAAUAUUAACAAAUGAAAAAAUUAUAGAAGAUAACGUCAAUACAAACAUAGAAGUUAUGGAAGAAAUUGAAAGUAGAAAUAGUGAAUUACAAGAAGAUAUUGCAAAUGAGGAAGAUAACAAUGACCAAGGGUGGAGAAGAGUAACUAAUAAUAAAGGGAAAACAAAAUAUGAAAGUAUCAAUAAAAAUAGCAAUAAAGAAAACAAUGAAGAAAAAGAAGAAACCAAAUCAAUUGACUCCUACCAAACAGAAAACGACUACCAAUCUGAAUGA